UUUUAAAGUUGUGCCCCCUUUGUGCUUGCGUCUGGUCGCUGCCGCUGCCGCUGCCGCUGCCAGAUACUUGCCGCUUCUGUAGUGUGUGCCGACAACGAGUUGCUUUGUGUGUGUUGGCGUGUUGGUGAAGUUUCUGGUUUGUUUUCAAACGCUUCUCCUGCUGGUUGCUCGUGAUUGCAUUCACUUGCAUUUCCUCCAAGCCCGCGCACCUCGUCAUCAUCACGGCUUGCAUCGCUCUCUGCUGGUGAAAAGUUGGUCCGCUGCCUCCUUUUCUUCUUCUUCGUCUUCUUCUUCUUCAAGAACACAUUAGCGGUUCGCCGACCUCUUGACGCCGCUGCGUUACUCGUUCAACUUUUCUGCUCUUGGAUAUACCAAGCGCUGUUCACGACGUUGACGCUGCCUUUGAACAACCUUUCAGCCACGUCAUUUCCACAUCACCACAUCAACACUAUCUGGACCGCAAGCCCGUCUUGGACUGAGACCACCCCUUUGGUGUUCCAGCCCUCAUCAUCGUCUUGAUCAUCAUCAUCACUCUAUAAUUCUUAUCUGUGCCGGUGAUCAACCCGUGACUUGAGCCCUCUUGGCUGCCCUACUCUUCCGAGGUCAUUUUUUUAUUUGACGCUUGUGUUGGCUUACCGACCCUUUCGGUUGCCAACUCAUUCCUGGAUUGAAAUUUUUUUUUUUGAAUUUGUGUGCACCCUCUCCACCAAGUAACCAUGGCCGAGCAACAAAGCCCCAACACCUCCAUUCCCUGCGCUUCCGGCUGCGGGUUUUUCGGUCGUGUCGAGACGGAAAACUUGUGCUCCAAGUGCUACAACGAUGUAAAAAAGGCCAAGGGCAACACUGACGCCCAAACACAACCCCAGGCCGACGCCGACGCCACUGUUAGUCCUACCCCUGCCCCAGCAUCAGCUCCCGCGCCCUCGGCUCCGGCCGCUGCCACAAACUCCGCAGCCCCCGCCCCUGUGGCCGAGGUGACUCCUUCCUCCCCGGCGCCGGCCGUGUCCACAUCGGCCUCGACCGACGGCACUCCCAUGCAAAAGAAGAAGAAGCGCUGCGUGGUCUGCAACAACAAGGUCGGCAUGCUCGGCUUUACUUGCCGAUGCGAAGGCCUGUUCUGCAGCAAACAUCGCUUCCCCGACGACCACGAGUGCACUUUUGAUCACAAGACGUUUGACCGCAAGAACCUGGCCGACGCCAACCAAAAGCUGGAGACGGUCAAGCUCAAUCGCCUCUAAUUGACGGAAGGCCCAGAGCCCAGAGUCUCCUCUCACUGGCCGCACGUCUCGGCGUGCUCGUGUUCUGGAGGCACAUUUUUAAUCCCGCGUCACUCUUGGAAUCGCACUGCGUGUGCCCUGAUUGACGUUUUCUUAACCUCUUGUUCAUCCUGUUCUUGUACACGCCCCCCCUGACUUGUUGUUGUUGGGAGCGUGGCCAGGCUUUUUUUUGCUCGCUGCCGGGCAUAGUCGUUCACAAAUGAAUGUUUUCAAGUGUCUUUAACGAGAUAUGGGGCCAAGGCCUUUUUGACUUUGACAAUUCGGUUGAUAUCUGAUCUCUCCCGGCUUCUCUUUUGGCUGUUCAUGCCUUGGCGUGCCGUCUAAUCUCCCUGUUUGGUGUGCUCUUGCCUGUGGUGCAUGUUCACCCUCCGGACCUUGGUAUGUUUUCUGUGUUCGAAUAAUUGACAUGAUAUGAC